CUACAGUUACGUUUCCGCAUUUUCGUGCAGUGAGUAACACGACUUUUAUUGAAUGGUCACUUCAUCCUUCGAGCACGUAUAAGCUUAAACCCACAUUCGACCCGCCAAAUUUUCGACCAUUCCCCCUCCUUUCUCCCUAAACGUUCUCCUCUCUCUCUCUCUCUACUCUCCAACGGGUAAAACAACAAUCAUGAAGAUCCUUCAACGUUAACCCCCUCCAAAUCGUCUUUAACUGGAGCAAAAUCCAGUUUUUGAACCCCAAGAAAAGAGAGAGAUUUUUCAAUGGUUCUUGAAUUGCGCUUAAUGGGUUGUUUUCUUGGGUGCUUUGGUGGUUCAAAGAAUUCCAAACGCCGCACACAGAUGGUUAAUCGUGGCAGCCCUAGAGACCAAGUUAGACACUUUUCUUACUUUAAAUUUUGUUUUUCACCAAAAUUUGAGUCCUAUGUUCUAUUAUUUCCCCCAAUAUUUAUGCAGCACAGAGUAUCACUGUCACUCUCUGAAAAUAACUGUUCUGUGGCAUCUAAUGUCAGAUUGUAUCCACCGAAUCAUAGGUACCACAAUAUUAUUGACGGUAAUGAUGAAAGCCAAGAGUAUGGUGAUAUUGACUUGGAUGAUCUAGACGUGAUGGACGAUCAAGAUGAUUCUGAUUAUGAUCAUGGAAUUGCUUGCAAAGAAGUGUGGUCCGAGUCAGUUUUAACUGCAUCUAUGAAGUCAAGGACAGAAGAUACUUCAGCUCGAACUAUCAACGAGGAAGUAGAGCGUCCUUUGAUACGGAUUGCACUGCCCAAGAGAAUAAUGGAGGCUUUUGGACAAAAAAUAAAUGCAGGGAUGGAAGUGACUGUCAAUUCCGUGUUGAACCCUGUUGAGAAUACUACUCAGUGGAAAGCCGUGAGAUUAAAAGGGAUGCAGCCUUUGAAGCCACAAAAGGAAAACUUGAUUGCUGACCUUGAAGCACCCCACAUUUCAUUUAGUCGUUUAGAACCAAAUUUUAAGCAAUCUUCACAUAUUUUGAAGCCAAAAUUGGAUCAUUCGAACAAUGCAAAUAAAGAGAGCGACAUUGAUUCAAGCCUCUCGAGCUGGUUGGUUUCGCCCGAUAUCACUCCUACAAAAAAAAAUAUCACAAGGUUCGACUUCAAUGAGGAGCUUUGAUGAUCGAACAAUUCUAGGUGCAUUGACAAUCGAGGAUCUGAAACAGAUAGCAUCUUCUUCCCUGAGGAAGCCUCCUGGUCGAAACCCUGAUGAGAUGCCUAUUAUAGGUAAUAGUUGGGACCUAUUGGAACAAUUUGGGUUCUGCUGAGCACUCUGAUUCAGCCUCUACUUAUAAAGGCGUAACUAAAUAAAGGGCAAUAAGAAUGACAUGAACGGAAUCUUUGGAAUGCUCAACCUGACAUAAAAUUUGUAGUUGUCGAAUUCAGUCUAAUCUAACGUACAAAACGUAGC